UCCCUCUUCGCAUAAUACGAAACUUUGCCACUCUUAAUCGUUUAAUCGAGUCUAUUAUAGACUUAGAGAAAGGGUUAACCCGUUACCUUGUAACUUUGCUUCAGAAAAGAAUCGAUGAGAUUGGCUAUAGCGAAUCGCUUAAUUAAAAUAUCAUCGAACUCGAGAGAGAUCCUUACGCUUAAGGUCCAGCUGAUCCGAAUCUUAAUUUCCGCCUUUGCUUUACCAAACAACUGCGAUAAUUUAUCGUUUGUAACCGGUAAGAUUGAGCGAUAACGCGUUCAAUAACGUUCAAACGUUGGACGGAUCACGUGAACCGCCAGGAGGAACGAAAGUAGCUCGGGGGAUAAUUAUUUGUAGCCGUGGUUAAACCGUAUGUAAUUUCGAGAGUCGGUAGCAGCAAUCGAUCAUCGAGAUCAGAUACACGGAGCCACGAAAGGAUAGCGGACCCUGGUCUCGAUCGAGGAGGAGGAGCUACGUGAAACUGAAGAUAAGCUCGCCGCAUGGGGUACUCGUAAUUAUCGAGACAAGAACGGUCAAUGAUCUUUCCGAAGCAACUCGUUUCGCCUCGUCAUCGAUAUCGCGCCACUAAUUGUAAGAUUCCGGAUGUCGUGCGUUUUAACCGAGACCCUAGAAACGAGAUCUAAACGUAAUCUUCGACACGAUCAUUCUGCUAAUUUCCCUGUCGUAAUAAUCCAUCCGAUUCGAUCUAUCCCCUUAUAUAAACCUUUCUCCAGACAGUACUAAACUGAUCUCCUUUUCUUAUCAUUUUUUUAUCAUCGAACGUCCAUCUAUUAACCACGAUCAGGAUCAGAAGGAAAGUGUCCGGUUGCCAUUUUAACUUGGUCUCAAACAUCGUGUCUCUCCCCUCUCUAUCCAUCUGAAAUGGUACCCGAACAAGCUCAAGACUCUCAGGGCUGGAGAAGCAGGUGAGAGAAGAGUCUAGGUGUACCAGGAUGAAGAAACGGAGGAAGAGACAAGGGGAAGGCGUAGCCAUGGUAGAGCGUCGAUUGGCGCCGCUACGCUCGUCCCUGGUUGGUCGAGCGGGAACAGUCGAGGCGGGUCGCGAAUCGAAGGCGGCCGUUUCAAAACGACCGGUUCACCCAACGAUCCACGGCAAGGUGGACGGGUAACCAGCACGAACCAUUCGAAAGUGCUGGGGAAACAGUGGGGGUAGUCACCUUGCCGUCUCUUCCAUCCAGGCUAACCGAGCGAGGAAACGGCCCCACACACCGGUUCGCGCAGCCGCAGCGUACGCCUCUCUCUAGACCAAAGUUUUCUCUGGUGCGCGUCGAUCCUUUAUCAUUUUUACGCUUUUUUUUUUUCUAUUUGCUCCCGAGUCGCAACGAGUCUAAUGUGCUCUUUCGUUCGGGCUCGAUUUUUCCGUACGACCGCGUCCGUCCAUGUUUUCCGUCGACUCUGGUGAACGAAUGCGAGGUGCGUGAUCCUCAAGAAACUGUUCAGAAAUAUCAGUGUCCCCAUAGUUUGAGAUCUGUGAUCGAGGAGAGUAAGCGAGGUGGUCAGCCUCGUCCGGAACAAUCCUGUCGACGAAUCAAGUUCUAUGAAGGCAGAGUGGCUGUCGUUGAUGUAAAGUGAACGGGUCAGGACGUUUGCAAUUUUCAUCGCUGAUUUCUACACGGCCAUGCUAUUUUUCGCGUCUGCGCUGAGGCUAACAGAUCAUUCAACACGAGGAGGAGGCGGAGGAGGAGGAGGUGGUGGUGGUGAGCAGGCUGUCCCGCAGACGAGUCCUGCGAGCAGCACGAGUAGCUCGAGCCAGGUGAAUCAGGUGAGCGUACAACAGGUGAGCCAGCAAGCUCGGCAACAAUCGGUGCCGCCACCUACAACGACGACACCUCAAUCCACUCAAAUGGGAAUCUCUACGGAAGAGGUGAGGGCAGCCGAGGAGGAGAGCAACCACCCUAGAGCUGCGCCGACCAGUCCUGAAAGCGAAGCCGAGGUCGACGACUUUGCCCCGAAAAGGAAGCAACGGAGAUAUAGAACUACCUUUACAAGCUUCCAACUAGAGGAACUCGAGAAAGCUUUCUCGAGAACUCAUUAUCCCGACGUGUUCACCAGAGAGGAACUUGCCAUGAAGAUCGGUCUUACGGAAGCACGUAUACAGGUCUGGUUUCAGAAUCGACGGGCCAAGUGGCGGAAACAAGAGAAGGUCGGGCCGCAGGCGCAUCCGUACAAUCCAUACUUGGGCUCAGGUGCACCACCACCGUCGGCGGUCGUAGCGCCGACCUUGCCGAACCCUUUUGCCCACCUGGGCACGUUCGCCCUACGGAAACCGUUCGACGCGUUUCGUUACCCACCUCUGGGUCACGGACCGGUCCUUCCCGGUAGUUACACCGCUCAUCCCUAUCAUCGGGCACCGCCACCUUUGUUGCCACCUGGAAUGCCUCUGCCUUACACGUCGGCCGCAUCCUUCCAGAGCCUCUUGGCGAACAUAUCAGCCGCGCAGAGGCCAAAAUUGGUGCGUGGCUCGCCGCCACCUCCGCCCCCGCCACCGCCAGCGCCUGCGAUCAAUCUGCCGCAUCCACCGGUUCCACCGCCUCCGCCUCCGCCGACGGCCAGUUCGCCGCAAGGUUCGCCAACCGGCAGCGUCGGCCUGCCGGACAUCGACAGGCGGACCAACAGCAUCGCUUCCCUCCGACUCAAGGCCAGGGAAUACGAGCUGCACCUCGAGAUGCUUCGCAAGAACGGCGAUCUGAUCAGCUGAAGAGGUUCGCGCGUACAAAUACUUAAAUAUUUCCUCCCACGUAGAUCCUCGCGAUCGCUGCUUACGAUUUUAACAAAACCGACGUGACCGUACCUCGACGUCGAUUCUACGUUUCUCGACCUGGCUAUCGAUAUCAACGCGCCCACGCAUCGACGUCGACGUCGACGUCGACAUCGGGGUAUUACCUCCUAACUAGAACCUCCCGAUCGUUGUUUACGAUUCUACCCUACGUGUGUGUCUACCUCUUCACCUCGAUCGCCAUCUCUUGCCGCCAUUUCCUUGGAACGCGAUCAGACCCACACCGGCCACCUCUCCUGUCCGCGCUUUCGCGUGUAUCGUGCAAGAUACCAGCCAAAGAACUUACUACCAAGUGGGCGGACAUAUUGUAUACAUUAAUUAGGUGUACACCGCGAAGGAAGGUUGAAACGAUAGGUAUUCUUGUUUCUGUGAUCGCACGUGCCUUUGUUACUCAAUCGUAAUCUUAAGAAACGUCGAUCGUUUCGAAUUGCAUAAUGGCCGAUCUCUAAAUACUCGAGACGAUAAUCGUUGACCGAACGUAACUUCGAGAUACCUUCCAUCGUCUCGUCGAUUCGCUAUCUCUCAUGCAAUCCGAUAACCUUCGACAAAAAUCCAGGCAACGGAAAUGAUUCCUACGAACGAGCUAGGCGGAUUCGUCGUCUCGCGUCUGCGUUGACAAUUCGGACGAUCGUUCGGAGAACUUUCGUUCGUUCGAGUUUCCUGAUGGUCGUUGGUAUUGUCAUUGCUCUUUAGCGUGGAUCGCGAGCCAACGGAUCAACUUUUACGACGUCGUUCGUUUUAGAAAUGAACCUAACCGUAUACCUGUUCAUGUACAAACGAGUUUCUUCAACCUUCCUCUUUAUUCUCAUACACACGACGUCGACCAUGCGCUCGAACGACAAAUAACAGAUAGAAUAAGAAGCUUAUUUUUCGUGUAAAAUACUGUAUAUAAUUUACAGUACCGAUGGAACUCCACGGUGGAUUACGAUUCGCGGGAAUGCUUUUCAAAUUUACAGUGACUCAUAUAUUUGUUCGAACGAUAACGAUAUUUACCUGUACAGAAUAAUUAUGUUUCAUUGGUGAUUACACAAACGUUGUAGUAAAUAUGAUGCUUCUUUGUUGACGCGGAAUUUUAAUUAUUUACAAGAAUGCGAACCAAACAUGUGAGUCACUGUGCACGUGAAGAUUCGUUAAACGUUUCCUACAAACGUAGAAUUUGCUGAAUUUAUGAUUCGUGAGAAACGCGUUUCCUGAAUUUUCACGAGAUUUCAGAGAUAAUUCGCGAGAUAGCGUUCAGGAACCAAGAUUUGUUUAUAGCGAAUUUUAAAGUAAUUUUUUAGGUAAACAUCAUCGAAAGAUGUCCGUCCAGAAGAGAAUCUUGGCAUCGCGACCAUAAGUAAUUGUUAUCCGACGACGAUCGAUGUUAUUCGGUGUGGAUAAAUUAAAAGGAUUUGUUUUUUAUAAAAUUAAAAAAGGAUUUUUUACAUCGCGGUCAAGACCGUUCGAUAAUCGUUCGAAAACAACGCGUAAUUUGUUUUACUUUUACACGAGCCAUCAUAGGCGUUUUAGAUAAGGAAAACAGAAAGUACUAUUUAUAAUUAUUAUAAUUCUUGAAUGUUCGACAUUACGAUAAGUUUUACGACUGUAAUAAGCACGUUCUUAGCUCGUAAGUUGCUACCCCUGUAAAUAAUUAACCACGUAUGCGUAACGUCUUGCAUUUGUUUCAUUUACGUCAGUUGCAUACCGCAUGACACGUUGGCGCAAUUUUUCUUUUCUCCUUUUGUUUUUCGAAAAUUUUCUCCCACGAAAUCGCGCCAACAGCAAUUACAAGGAAGCAUACGUUAUGAUCUCGAGAAGAUUAGCGUAAGAGGCAAAUGAACGCUUUGACUGUCAUUCAUCAACAAUCCUUAGGGAACUUUUAUUUCUGAUCAAAAUCUAAUCUAUCAUUCUAACGACACUCGUUUCUUUCCAGUACUUAACGAAGAUUAUUGAUACAUCGUUUCUCAUAACGCAAGAGUGACAGUCGAGGUGUUGAAGUUGUAACUUUUAAUUAAGGAUCUCGAAAAAAGAAGAAAACAAAAGCGGAGCAAACGCAACUUCGUCGACCAUCGACGUUCAUUAUUGUACUUAUACGCUCAUUCCAUCCCCUUUUCCCUUUAUUUUUUUUUUUUUUUGCGACGAAUAAAUCACUAUGACAAGAAAGUGAAAGAGAGAGGGCGAAAAAAAGAGAACAAGAAAACGAACGGCCUUUUUCAUUAUCAUACGAACCCUUUCUAUCUUCGAUUAUUACGAGAGAUACACGGUAGAAAUAUUAAUUUACAGGCUCGUCAACUUCCUGAAAAGAAGAAGAAUCGAAGGAAAAAAAAAAUAAAAAUAAAAAAAAAGGUGUGCCAUUAACUGGCACAUAUAUUAUACACUGGUGGUGCGGAGUUUUCAAGAGGUUUCAAGUCUUUGCUCGACUUGACUUAUGACAAGUAAUUCGCGGUCGGGCACGCCCGUCGACGAGUUAUUUAAAUAUUUUACAGUUUAAUGGAGUCUCGGGGCCAUUAAUGCGCGUCAGCUAAUUAGCGGCGUCUUGAACGCCUGGUUGGCUCGCUUACUCGCUUGCUGCAACCCCAUCGGAGUGUUAACGAUCCUCGAGGUUGAUAAAUCGAACGAUUACCGACAAAACGAUCCGCCGAUCAAAACUGACGCGGUCUUAAAGUGUUCACGAACCGCGACCGUUCCUUCUUACACGCCACCACCACCGCAAAGGGUUAAGUAAUAUCGCGAACUCGAUUGGAACUAAACGCGUAAUGGACGCGCUUUAAUCACACCUUCUCUGCACACCGUAACGUUCGAUCGACUCGUUACGAUCUAAUUUCCUGAAAAUAUUACCUGCUGCGAUAUCUACUUGCAAGCUAUAACCAUCGUUUCCUCCUCUUCUUACUACUUUUCCAUAGAACUAACAUUCUCCUCUAUUCUUUCACUUUUUCUUUUUUUAACUGUAGAGCAAGAAGCGAUGAACUUUGCGACUUUCUAAUUAUAAUUUAACAAAAAGUUCCUUAAUUACUUUCUUUUAAACCCUGUUACCGUUCUGUAGCGCUGAAAGGACGAAGAUUAAAGCAAUCUGUCGAAGGCGUUAGACAGAAAGAUUUCACCGUAGGCAUUUGCUAAAGCGAUAAUUGGAAAAUCGACGGUAAUCGAUGAAAAUUUUCACCAGAGAGUGGUUGAAAGCAGGAGAGAGGGAGAGGAGGAGGAGGAAGAAUAUAGGCGUGUCUGGGUGGUGAUGAACGCGUCGAUCUGUGGAUCUGGCACGAUCUAGAUGCAGACCACGCAGCCAGUCGAUCCCGAAUUCAUCGUGUCCGCUUGGCCAUUAGCAAAUUACUACGGUGUAAACAGUAUCGGCCCGGUGCCUGCGGGUACCUUCGGCUAAGUGCACCGUUCUACGUGUGCAUACGUAGAUGUUUAUAUAAUACAUCGAUCGGUUGGAUAGCGGAGAAAGCGAGUUAGUUAGUAACCGAUCAUUACGACGACGUUUUACACCGGCUCUAGCCACCUAAUAACUGUCUACAUCGGAACGAAUUUAGCGAUCGGUAGCAACCGGCUUCCAAACCGGCUACCAUCUACGGGGUGAAAAAAAAAAAAAGAUCCGCUGGAAGAGUUCCGUGAAGAAUGCUGCUCUCGAAACAGUGAUUUGUUCGACACAAAUUUGCAAGCCGACAUUAAUAUUUCGCGCUCCAUUUAUCCUGCACGGUAGAUACUGAAAUUGGUCAAUGAAUCCAGUCUCACUCCGGUAGAGUGUGUAUAAUUUUCUGGACCGGUGUGUCGGUCAUUAAAUUUUCAUUUGUUUUUGUCUAAUGGACACACCACGGAAAUUAAUGGCCGAUACUAAACAAUAAAAUAAUCAAGUAAAUUGCACCUGUUGAAGGAUUUUAGGACCACCGUCGUGCAAAAGGAACAGGAAAUUUUCGAAAAAGAAGACACCGGUGUAAUUGUUUCAGAUUUUUCUAUCGGACAAGUUCGUCGAAUAAGAAAUCCUCGGGAGCCGCUAUAUUCAUCUCCUUUUAAAUCAUCCUCCUUUUUUACCGCGUCCUCUCACGCGCAGCACGCGUAAAGUUUUAUCCAGUUAACAAUCCCUAAUUGCAGGGUUUCCUGUAACUAACUCGGUUAACGUGGAGGCCCCCACGAUGAUUCUCCACCGUUACCUAUCAUCGCGAUGGAUGCAGAUUAAAC